AUGUCUGCUGUGUGGCUACACGUUGGACAAUGUGGCAAUCAGAUUGGCGAGGAGGGAUGGCAGAUCCUAACCAGGGAGAACGUGCCUCACGCAGAGGCUGAUCCAUAUCCGUUCUGCUCCCCCGAUGGAAAGCUAAGCGCUAUCUGCGUGGACAGCGAACCCAAAGUGGUGAGGAAGCUGCAGAAACAAGUCAAGAGCGGCUCUUUCAGGGAGAACAAUCUUAUCGUGGGGAAGCGAGGAAGAGGCAACAACUGGGCUUAUGGAUACCACGGCCUGCACUCAGCCACCGAGAAGAACCUCCUAGAAAGGACGAUGGAGAGUCUGCGGAAGGAGGUCGAGCGCAGAGACUGUUACUGUGGGACGGUGCUUUUCCAUAGCCUCAGUGGUGGUACAGGAGCUGGCCUCGGUUCCCGGCUGUGUGAAGCGAUCCGAGACAAGUACUCCCUGGGUCAGAUCCUGUCGGUGACGGUAGCCCCGCACCAGGCUGGCGAGAGCCCUCUGCAGCACUACAACUCCUUGCUGUGCCUUUCGUGGCUCCAGCGACAUGUCGACGGCGUCCUCCGGUUCCAGAACGAUGCCAUGCUGAGGAGGACGGCAGCCCUGCUUGGGAAGAAAGCGCCAGUGUCUGACAUGCAGCCUCAGGUCUCCCUCUCCGCCAUGAACACCUACGUCGCUUCCUGCCUUGCUGGGCUGCUUUACCCGCUCAAGGCUUUCACGACAGGAAGUGGGAUCAGCAUGGGGAUGGAACCCUGGGAGCUGCUGAGGUCUGUCUGCCCCAUGCCGACUAUGAAAUUCCUUCACAUAGCUCAAGGCUGCAAGAGGGGGACGGUAUUUUGGGACAGCUUGGCAGCGUCUGUUGUGCACUCAUUGCCCCGUGAGUCUCACGCAGGACAGCCCCUUCAUUAUAGCACCUCUGUGCUCGCUGUAGCCCGCAGCUACCAAGAGGACACCUUUCUUCUGUCCCGUGACUCGGUGCUGAGGAAGUUGAAGCAAGCUUACCGCUGCGUUCCUUGGAACCCCUUCCCUCUCAGCUGCUGGACAGACUCUCUCAACAUCGUGGAGCCCGGAUGUCACAGCCACUCGCUGACCAUCUGCGCCAACCAAGGCAGCUCAGCGGAACUCCUGCAGCAGGUGGUGGCCAGAGCAGAGGCCAUGUACAAGACCAACACCUACCUCCACUGGUACUGGCGAUACGGCUGCGAGGAGGCGGAUUUCCAGCAGGCCUUCGAGACGCUCUGCUCAGUGGCAGAUGAUUACAGCCGGCUGGGAGAAUAA